AUGAUAUCCCGACGGUCUACAGCAACGGCGCGCACGGCGUACUCCCAGACCUUCCUUCGAAUUUCUAGUCGUGGAUCUCUAAAAUCCUUACGCAGCUGCAAAAUCCAAAGCCCAAAAGCUCUCUCGACGGUCUCAUACGCAAGGACUUCUGGCCUUUUAUUACCUAAACUCACACGCACUUCAAAUGCCUUUGCACAAUUAUCCCUCGAUAGUGGAAAGCGAUUUAACUCGUCAGCAAUCAAUUCCCCAUCUUCCACUCAAAAAGAAGAAUUCUACCGGCUCCUCGAUAAGAUAUACGCGCAGCAUGAAGAAUUAGUCCAACAGAUCGAAGACCUUGAACUUGAAGAUUUGCCUGAAUCAGCCACAAGCGAAGAUUUAGAUGUUUUAAAAUCUAUCAGUUUGAUAGUUGGAUAUCGCACUCCAGAGGCAUUGGAUGCCAGGGUGAGAGAGGCAUGGGAAAAAUACGGCGUGUUCUUGCCGCCUGAUGAGCUACACGAAGACGGCCUAAAGCUCUACAGGCGGUUAUAUGGCGAGCCAGUUUUCACCAAACCGGAAGAAUCAGAGAGAGAGGAAGACCAAAUAUUCCGGGAGAAUAAGCAUGGAGAGUGGGAAGAAGUUGAGAUGGCGCGAGACCAUCACUCCACUGAACCACAAACCCCGGAGAGCGAGCCAUUGGUGGGCAUAUCCGAGGAUACCAUUGAUGCACUAAACACCCAAACCACAGAGAGGUCUCGUCAGGUGGCAGCGGCCCUUGGAGCAGAGCUUUUCACCGAAAUCCCGACAUACGACAGUGAGGACCCCUUCCUUCGGUCGCAUCCAUUUGUAGAUGAGGGCAAAUUUGGUACCACUCCGAGCAGCGUCACAGCCCCAGCAGCUACUAUGAUGAGGCCUAUCACUCAAAUGAACGCUGCUUUUUCGAAUAAGCAUGUCUCUGAAACCGCGCGCACAUUAUUUGGGGGAGCCCAACUACCUGAUGCAAUUGGAGUACAUAAAUCCCUUCCAAAGAAUCCAAUUCCUCUCACGCCAUCACAAAAGAGUAUGUCGCAUAUAGAAAGCGCCUUGUUCAUGUCAGUACUCUACCCUGGCAUUUAUGCUUCAGUUCUAAGUGCACUCGUGGAAACGCGGAAAAGGCUCGGGACAAAAUGGAUUCGCGGCCUUAUGUGUAAAGAAGGAGGGCCGAGUAUCCUUGAUGCAAGUGGCGGUGGUGCUGGCAUCUUUGCAUGGAGAGAAGUUCUGCGAUCCGAAUGGUCCCUGAUGUACCCUGAUCAUCCAGAAGACAGCCUGGCAAAAGGCAAAUCUACCGUCUUAAUUGGAUCUGAUACAUUGCGACACCGUGUCAGCAGCCUUUUAGAAAACACGACAUUCCUUCCACGGUUGCCUGACUAUCUACGCCUUAAGGGAGAAUCCUCUCUCGGCCCCCAUAAGCCCGGGAAUCGGAAGAACUAUGAUAUAAUAGUUGCCCCUCAUGCGCUAUUACAUUUUGAAGAGGACUUUCAAAAAAGAGAUUACGUCCAAAAUCUUUGGGCGAUGUUAAACCCCAAAGGUGGUAUACUCAUUCUUCUCGAAAAAGGGCAUAAGGAAGGCUUCGCAGCUAUCGGAGGCGCCAGAGCGAUGAUAUUAGAGCGGUUAAUAACUUCUCCUGAGUCGGCAGAAGCUGCUGAUACUAUCCGAGAGACACAGAGUUCGUCAUUGGAGAAGAGUAAAGGGAUGAUAGUUGCGCCAUGCACAACGCAUGCUCGGUGCCCCAUGUAUGUCGAGCCUGGAAAUGCGAAGAGACCAAAGGAGUACUGUCGAUUUGCACAGCGUUAUGUUCGACCACACGUCUUACAGCGUAUCUUGGGAAACCCGUCCCACAAUCAUGAAGAUGCGGAGUUCAGCUACCUGGCCGUCCAACGUGGUGUUGAUAGGAGAGAAACGGAUGGCUUGGUCCAAGACGAGGCAGCUACAAACGCAGCAUUCUCUGGCCAUGAGCACGCUGUUGACGUUGAUAAGCCGAAUGCUGGAGAUGUCACCGAUCCUCUCUUAUGGCCACGAGUUAUUCUACCGCCCAUUAAACGAAAGGGUCAUGUCUCUAUGGACGUAUGCACUCCUGAAGGGAAAAUUGAGCGUUGGACUGUCCCACGUUCGUUCAGCAAACAAGCAUACCGAGAUGCCCGCAAAUCUUCAUGGGGAGACCUAUGGCCCUUAGGAGCUAAAACCCGAGUCCAUCGUCCUAUCCGCACCCCCAAACCAGAUGAGGCUUCUUCUAUAAAAAAGAAGGUACUGAAGCCAGGCGCAGAUCGAAGGCGGAGACGUGCUGGGCCUGAAGACGAUGGCGAGGAAGAUCUUGAUGAAGAGGAGAGCCAUGAGAAACUUGCUGACAGAUUGCAAGAAUAUCAUGACCGCCGAACAGGCCAGAAAAACAAGAAAGAAAACAAAGUACCAAAGUGGGCUAGGCAGAUGGAAGUGAAGCGUGAUCGCAAGCUAGGCCGACAGUUGGGCCGUGAAUAG